AUGCAGCGCGGCCAGGCUGGGGCUGAGCAGAGCCCGCAGCGCGGCGUGCCCGCGGGCAGCCUGGCCGGCAGUCUGGCCGGUCCUUGUUUCCUGCAGAGCCGGGGCGAAGGCCGGCGGCUCUGCUGGGAAGCGGAGGUUCCCAAGAUGAUAAGCCACUCUCGGAAGAAAUUCCUUUCCCCGUGCGAGGGAGUGGCGGUGCCGGGCACGCUCGCCCGCCCUGCGAACACCGUGCCCAUCGCCCCCGCCUGGCUGGCAGAGGGUGCCGGUCAAAAGGCUCUUUGUGCAUUGUGGCCUGGGCUGAGCCGCGGCGCUGCCGGGCAGCAGGCAGUGUGCUCCCCCUGCCAGUGCAGCAGCAGCCCCACGGCUCGGGGCGGCGGUGCUGCUGGACACAUGGGCUGCUGCUUGGGGACCCCCUGGCACCAGGACCUGUCCCUGGGCUGUACAGGUGAAGAGUGUGACUCCUGCUGCCGCCGCUCAUUUGUGCUCCUACCCCGCUGGGACUACCUUCAGCAACCCACAGCAAAGCACCAGGGAAAAUGGUGGCAGGAGAAGACCAUGGCAUCAGGUAAGGCUGGGGCAUCAGCGCCAAGCAGCCCCACUGCUGAGGCAGCAGAAGGCUCACCAGACAGCUCCUCGGUGCUGCUGGCUGUUGGGGAGGGAUUUCCAGCAGAGAUUUCACUGUUCUUCUCCGUUGAGAGCCGUUCCUCCCACUGCCUCAAUUCCCAUCUCCAGGAAGCAGCCAGGAAGAAGAUGUGGGCUCUGGAGAGUGAUGACAGAGAUGUCUGUGCUCUGUUCAAGGAGCUGUCAGCCAGGCUGGUCUGUAUGCAAGCACAGGAGGAUCGAUUCCUCCUCACCUUCAAAACCCUAGAAGAAGUCUGGAAGUUUUCCACAUACCUGACUUUAGGGUAUGUGGGCAGCUGCCUGGAGCAGCUUCUCUUUGACCAAGAGUAUUGGCUAAACUGUGCUCUGAUGGAGGACACAGAGAUCAGAGUUACUGUGGAUGAAGAUCACUUGGCCACCAUAUAUAUGGGUCUGCUGCUCCAAGAAGGGAACUUUUUUUCCAGAGCAGUGCCUGGUGUCUGGCAGCUGGAGCAGGAGGGAAAGGAAGGCCUGCAGCUCUGCAGGAAUGAGCUGAUCCAUGUGAAGAAAGCUGGAGAGGAGUCCAAGUGGGAAGGGAUGUCCUUACUGACAGGUCAACGAGGCCUGGUGCCUGUGGCAGCUCUAGAGCCACUACCUCACCCAUUUUACCAGUGGUUCCUGAAGACCUAUGCUGUGAAUUUUGGCAUCUCUCAUGAGAUCAGUGGGAUGACAUCCCAGCCAAUUGUCAAAGGCAGGUGCAGAGCCACAGAGGACCACAGGGCAGCAGCAUGGGAUGAACUGAGUUUCUCCAAAGGAGACAGCAUAGAAGUCAUUGGUUUCUUCGUCCCAGGACUCCCGUGGUUUGUGGGCAAAUCCCUCAGCAGUGGGAACAUCGGCUUUGUCCCGACCCAACACAUGAGUCCCGAGGCUUGUGAACCUCUGGGAAAGGGCUUGGCGUUUCUGAGUGAGGAGGAAAAAUGCCCCCUGCUGCGCAUCCCCUGCGGUGGUGGUGAGCAGCACUUCACCUCCCUCCUGGGAGAGCUGGCUCGCACUGACAUCACCUCUGUGUACCGCCUGGAUGGUUUUGAACCUACAGCCAGGCUCCCAAAAGUGCCAUCAGAGGCUGUUCUCCGUGGCUGUAAGGACAUUCAGCUGCUCCAGUCCUGGGAGGAAAUAAAUGACUUGGCUACAACGAGCACCUCUGAGCUGUCUAGCCCAGGGAGUGAGUCAGCUCCUGCUACGCUGGAAGAUGUUCUCCUGGAGAAGCUGGAUGACUUUGAUGAUCCCAAGUUCUUUAUUGACUUGAAUGCUGGACAUAUGGAAGAUGCUGAUGUCUUUGACCCCAUAUUGACCUUCCUUAACCAAGACAGUUAUGUGCCCAGUUAUCAAAGCCUCUACGAUCUCAGUUUUUCCUUUCUCAACUCCACUUUCUAUGGUUUCUCUGAUGAGGAUGAACUGGUCUUGUACCUUGAGACGUCCAGAAACUGGGCCAAGAGGACUCAUUCAGUUUGGGCCCAUGUCAGGCUCUGUUUCCUCCUGGGUAAGCUCUGCAUCAAAAAGGUCAAGUUCUCCCAGGCUCGAGUCUACUUUGAGGAAGCCCUGAGCCAUCUGCAUCGGGGGUUUGGGGACCUGCCUCUGUUGGCUGCACUGCACGUGAACCUUGCCUCCAUCUACUUGAAACAGAACAUGAAGCACAAGUUCUCCUCCCUGCUGGGGAAAAUGGUGGCCUUGCUUGUCUGCUUGCCUGGCCACUCUUUCAGCUCUGAGAAUGAGCUGGAAGUCAUGAUGUACAUCCUGAGGGAAGCCAUUGCUGUGGGCAAUGCUCCCUUGGAGGCACGGGUCUGCUUCCUUGUUGUCAAGCUCUUCCUACAGCUGGGCAAAACCGAUGAAGUGCUGCCCUUUGCUGAGCAUCUUCAAUGUCUCACCACCGCUGCAGUAAGCCCAGACACCAGUUCUGCCUCUCUGGAUGCCACCCCCAUCUUGAGCUACCUGUAUGACAAGAAGUACUUGCCAAAUAUCGCGCUGGCCUCCGCCAGGCUGUUUGUGCCCAGCGGUGUCAAGGGGGUGCCGACACCCAUUUGGAGAGCCGGCUUCAUCCUCCAAAGUUCUUCCAAACUCCUGGGAGGCCAGCUGGACAGGAGCAGCAUCCCACCACUGGCUUGUUUCUAUCUCAAGCAAGCACUGCAUUUCUCCUGCAGGAGCAGAGCUGUGCCCAUCCAGAGGACACUGUGUGCCAUCUUGUCUAAGCUGUACCUCCAGCACGGUGUCUUGGAUGGGGCGGUUGGCUAUGCAGCCACAGCCCUAACCCUGGGCAGACUGAUGGGUGAGGAGGAGGCUUUUGAGUCUUCCCUCUCUUUGGGGUGGAUGUAUCUCCUGCACAGCCAGCCCAGCCCGGCUGCAGACAUCCUGUGGCAGCUCCUGCACUCUCUGCACAGGACAGACAGCGUGACUCAGGGGGGAGCUGUGCACAACCUGCUGGCCAUUGCCCUCAAAGGAGAAGGGCAGGUGCAAAAGGCUGCAGAGAACUACCUGCGGGCUCUGCACAAAGCCAAGGAGACUGGGAACAAGAGGAACCAGGCUAUCUCCCUGGCCAACCUGGGGCAGCUGAGCCUCUCACGGGGGGCGAGCCAGCUGUCUGAGCUCUACCUGCUCCAGUCAACUCAACUCUAUGCAGAACUCCAGGGCACUGAAGACCUGGAGAUGGAGCUGGUGUGGGUGCUGCUGUGGCUGGCGCAGGCCAUGGUCAACAGGCAGAGGAUUGAAGAUGGCAAACUCUGUUAUGAACUGGCAUUGGGUUUUGCCCUGAAGUGGCAUAACGUGAGGAGUCAGCUUCACAUCACUGAGUCUCUCUGCCAUUUCUACAGCAAAGUGUCCCCCAAUCUGCAGGCCUGCAUCACCUAUCAUGAGCACUGGGUAUCUCUGGCACAGCAGCUGCAUGACAGAGAGAUGGAAGGCAAUGUCCAACAGACCCUCAGCCAGCUCUACCAGGCUCUGGGCACAUCUGAGGCUUUGAGACAGUCCCUGGACUGCACCAAACAGAGUCUAAGGAUCUUCAUUGACUUUGAGGAGACUGUGAAAGCAGCAGAGGCCUGGCUGCAGGCAGGAAAGCUCUACUAUCUAAUGCAGGAAGAUGAGUUGGUGGAAAUGUACUUUCAGGCAGCCAUUCAGACUGCUCUGAAAUGGGAGAACUUCUCCUUGGCCAUGGAUCUCUAUGAAAAAGCAGGUGAUACCUUUUUUAAUGGCAGUCGGAACAGAGAUCGAGCGGUGGAGUUUUACAGGGGAGGUGCUGUGCCCUUGGCCAGGAAGCUAAAGGCCACAAGGACGGAGCUGCGGCUGUUCAGUAAGCUGGCAGAGCUGCAGAUUGGCCUGCAGGGCUACGAGAAGGCGCUGGAGUUUGCCACGCUGGCUGCCAGGCUGAGCAUCAGGGUUGGAGAUCAGCUGCAAGAGCUGGUUGCAUUCCACCGCCUGGCUACGGUCUACUAUUUCCUGCAUAUGUAUGAGAUGGCAGAAGAUUGCUACCUGAAGACACUUGCCUUGCGUCCUCCCCUGCUGCAGUGCUCUGGAGAGGCCUUGUACUACUGCAAGGUGUACUGCCACCUUGGCAACAUGACCCUGCACAAACUGAAGGAUGAACAGGACGCAGCAGCCUACUUCCUCCUGGCCCUUGCCGCAGCAACUGAGCUGGGAGACCAGGAGCUGCAAGGACUCAUUCGUGCCAAGCUGGGUGCCAUCCCCAGUGCCCCGCCAGGCUGUGCCACGUACCGGCCCCGGUGGCUGAGCGAAGGUGGCCACGUCGUCUGA